AUGAAUGCCUGUCUCCCAUGUCGAAAAGUAAAGAUGAAAUGCCGGCUGGGCAGCCAGCCGGCUUCUAAAUGUGAACGUUGCGCGCGGAAGUCUCUCGAUUGCGUGUUCCAGCAGCACCGCAGAGGUCGAAAGCCCGGGACGAAGAUCUCUAAGCGGAAAGCUGUUGAGUUGCCUUCAACAGAUGCGGCCACCAACCAGACGCCGGACUACAGCAGAGGCACUCCAUCCAUCGUAGAGGGCGGGCCAGUUGAAGAUCCUGGUAACUUGCAGCCAUCAGGUGUACUCAACCAGGAAGCAAUGAGAGGCAAGUUCUCGCUGCGACGCAUACUGAGUACCACGGAUGGCGAUGCGUUGGAGCCGCCCGAAAGGUCUCUCCCAGCUCACCUGGAAGAUCCAAUAGAGAUGAACAUAUUGAGUCUCCCUAUAGCCAAUAAGCUUUUCGAAAACUUUAUCACUCUUCUGAAUCCGUAUAUCAGCCAGCUUGACCCUUAUUUGCACACGUUCGACUACGUUCGCAAGUCAUCGUUCCUCUUCACAACAGUGCUUGCCGUGUCGGCAAAGACAUUCAACCCCGCCGUGUAUAAUGCAUUAUAUGAACAUGCUCAAGACCUCUAUACCGAAAGCUUUAGGAACGGUGCCAAGUCAACCGAGAUUGUUCAAGCCAUUCUCAUACUCACCUACUGGAAGCAGCCGCAGGAUACGCGCGCUUGGACCUCGGUUGGAUAUGCAAUUCGUAUGUGCAUGGAUAUGGGGUGGCAUAAAUUGACGGCAUACUCAGCAGCUAGCCGGGCCAACGCGGAUGAAACGAGGCGACGAGAAGUCCGUAAUGUCGAAAGAACCUGGCUGGUCUUGUUUGUGUACGAUCGAAGUAUCAGCCUUCAGACAGGCCGGCCCUGGAUGAUCGAUCGCAGUCCGUUUAUAGAAUCGAUCGAUGCCUGGUGCAGCGACCCAAUAGCCGACCGAACCGAUGAUUUGCUUGGUGCAUUUGUUACACUAAGGCUGAUGAUCUCGUCAAUAUUUCCAUUACACGCUCUCGAUUCUCGACGGAGUGAAAAAAUGGCGUCCGAAGAUUUAGAAUCCCUGCUUUCGAUUAAAAAGGCCAGCAUCGAGAGAUGGGAGCGUCGUUGGAUUCAAAGUGUCGAAAAAAGACAGUCCCCAGAAGAGGGAAGUUGCCAUAAGUUCUUGAUCCGUUUUUAUGGAACGCAUUUUCGAUUACAGCUCUUCUCGUUACCAUUACGAGACGUAUUGUCGUCAGAGUAUUCAGAUUCAUCGCUCCAUUUGGACAUAAUCUGGGCUGCGUUCACAGGCGCCUUGGAUAUGUUGAAGUUGACAUCGCGCAAUCCCUCGUUGUUAUCCUAUGCUCAAGACUCCAUACAUGUCAUGACCGCUUAUAGUGCGGCUUUCCUCGUAAAGCUUCUCUUAUCUGCCCCCGAUAUAAUUGUCCAGGAGAUAGAAUACACGGUGGUAGAUACUAUUCGUGCUGCCGCUUUAGCAUUUUCCCAAACGGGGGCAGCUACUGGAACAAGCUGCGAGCUACAAUCCAGAUUUCUCAACAACAUCGCCAUCAAGCUUUCUCAGCGGAAGAAGAAAGAUGCUCCACCAAUGCCAAAUCUUUCCAAUGCGGAUAACUACCCAGCCGCUAAUCAGAAUGAGCUGGGUUCAACCAGACUCUCUUUUCUGCCUCUCGCAACCAGCCAAUCCGUGCCACAGCCCUUCGAACAGCCUAACCCCGACGUAUUUAUAUUCCAUCCUGCUGACCUCGACCCAUUCUUCACGGACGACUGUGCCUGGGCGGAUAUUAUGUCAAGUACUGUAUUCAACACUCAAAAUAAUGCAAUACUGGCGUAA